UUAAUUUUAACCUUAGUAAUUAUUCGUUAUGAUAUGAAACAGAACACAAUUACUAUGCACUUGUCAACUCUUGUAACACGUUUGUUUCGUAAAGAGUAUAUAUUUGAUGACUCAUUGGAUUUUCCCAUAAAGCACAUGCCCUUAACCUUCAGUACACACAUGUAAACAUGGAGUAGGACAGCUAGUUUAGGUGGUAUACAUAAGUGCGAAAGAGAGGCAUAGCGGGGUACGGAGAAUACCGAGGAACGAAGAAUACCGGAGAACGAAAAAUACCGAGGAAAAAAGAAUACAGAGGAAAAAAGAAUACCGAGGAACGAAGAAUACCGAGAAACGACCGGUCAGGCAUGGCGGAACUUGCGAGAACCUCCCUGCCCGCUGGUUUCGGGUUUACACUCGAAACGUCGAGAUACCGUGUUCCGAUUACUGAAUCAAGCUCUUUGGAAGAAAAUAGACAAUCCCCGUCUCCCAGAAAUGGAAAAGUAGGGACAAGCAGUUGUUCAAAGCAUGAUAAAGAAAGGAAAAAUGGAGAAACGUCGGAGGAAAAGAGUGGAGGACAGUCAGCUUCAUCUGCGAUUAUAAAUGCGAGAGAAACAUGUUCAACGAGUACUGGAAAUGCUCAGAUUGGGAUAAAAACUGCGACUGGCAAUAGCAUUUCUCAUGUUGAAACUGGUAUUUAUGAAGACAAAGACAUUGAAAAGAAUCGGAAUUCGGGAGGUGAAGACACAUCAAUGGAUCAAUUACCAAGUAUUCCUACAAACACUGAGCAGACAACUACACUUCAAGGUGAAACGGAAUCUGUGCACACGAAGAUAGUGCAACAAGAUACAGUUCAAGGACAAUUAGACACAAACUUUUCGAUGGAUAGAACAGAAAGCGCAGAUGAAAACAGAUGUUUUAGCACCGAAAUGGAUACACUCACAACUCAAGACUGUCGAAUUGAAUAUGUUUCCAGACCAAAGAAGGUACCGGAGGAUUUCACAGACCAUGCCGUAUGUUCGCAAAAACAAUAUUGGUUGUUUAGGAAGCAGAAACCUGAUGAGGUCAGCCAAAUUUUAAUUCCCCACAAGUUACAGACGGACACAGAAUGUGGGGACUAUUUUGGCGCAAGCCUCGCAACAUACCGAAUUGAGGGGUCGCGCUUCUUCAGGCACCGAUUGGUCGAAAUCAAGGAUGGAUACCCUGCACAAAAAAUGAAAAUACAAGAUGGGGACGACUUGGUGUACGUUAAUUCGACAUUUGUGCCGGAGUUGAACCACACGGCCGUUCUUAACCUGUUUCAUCACGACGUCCCUGUUGAUGGGAAAACUCGCCUCACUUUGAUUCUUCUCCACAAGAAGGACAACAAAAAGAGACAAUGGUACCAGACAAGUGCCAUUCUAAUGCCGGACCCGAGACAUCACAAAGGUGAGAUCCACCCGGAAAUCAGAAACGAGGAGUACAAAGAACUUGAGUCAGGAUUUGAAAGACAUCAUAAGUUCCGAUAUACCAUCUCCGGUACGGCGCUGUACAUGAGCAUUGGACACACAGGGGUUUGUGGAAUCAAUAUAACCCAAGGCGGCUCUCCGGAUCCAACACUUGUAUGGCGUCAUGAGAAGACUGAAGACGCUCCUCCGCCAUAUUAUAUUUCCCGCAAGUGGGCACUUGGUGCCAUUGAUGGACAGUCCUUUAUCUGUCUUCAGAAUGAUCGAGUCACAGUCGUGGACAAAAUUGACCACGCUACAUGGUUCGACAACACGAUUAACAUAGGUACAGAUGUCUGGUUUGGAGUCCAUGACAUUUACUUGGCGUGUGGUACAAGCGGCAAGUUUUUCAUAACGAAAAACCGAGAUGAUCUCGGUGCAAAAUUUGGAUCUCAUCCAGUAGAUGGGUACGAUUGUGUAGAUUGUUCAAAUGAUUGUUCAAGAGCAGAAGGCAAUGAUGCUACAUCCGAAUCAUCUGAUAUGGAAGUAACAGAAGUAACCCCAAAGGGAUGCAAUGAUAGCGGCUAUGCGUCUCCCUACGGGAGUCAAGAACAACCCACUGAAAACAACCAGUGCCUGCUACAGUCAUUUGCCAGUCAAAACAGCAUAGAAAUUGAUGGUUAAGGAAUGUACAUACCACUCCAUUAGUAACCAGUUAUGCCAGUGAGCUAUUACAGGCGAACCCUGUUGGCUCGAACUCCCAGGGACCAGAGAAAAUACAUUGAGCCUCGAGAAUUUCUAGCCAAGCGAGAUACUACCUUUAGUAUAAAGAAAUCGGUCCUUUACAUCCAGUUCGAGCCAACGAGGAAUUCGAGCCAACGGGAUUCGACUGUAUGGCAAAGGGAUAUAGUUGAUCGCUUAUUGCUUUUUUUUUAGCUCGAUUGUUGAGAAAGCUAUGCUGAUAACUUUUAGAUUCACGA